CAACUCCUCCUCACCACCACACCUCAGCCAUGUCAGCAGAUGCAGCAACCACUACGCCAGCAGCCAAUGGCAACGGCAAUGGCACCCAUGCAAAGGAAGCCAGCGACAAGAAGUACAAUGUAGAAAUUGCAAAGAUGCCCGGAGCUCAUGGAAAGCCAGACAAGGCACAUCAUGAUGCUGAGAUGGACAGGUUGAAAAAGGAGAUUGACAAGGUACAGGCAGAAGUGAACGAGGUGCGGAGCUCCCUCAGCGGAGGCGGACCCUCUGCCAACACACCUCAGGGACAGCGCAGGCAAAAGCUUCGUGCCGAGCUGGACGAGCUACGAGGUGCCCAGGCUGGAGUAAAGGGCUCCAGGGGAAAGGUACUCGAUGAGCUCAAGCUGUUGCAGGAGUCGACGAACAAGAAGGUCAAGGACCUACAAGCUUCCCGUGCCAAGUCGCCCUACAAGACCCUCGCAGACAUUGACGCAGCCAUUGCCCGGCUCAACGCCCAAGUGGAGUCUGGUUCACUGAAGAUCGUCGAAGAGAAGCGGGCCCUUGCAGAGAUCACCAACCUGCGCAAGUCCAAGCGUAACGUCGAAGCAUUUGAAGCACAGCAAAAGACCAUUGACCAGGAUCGUGCCAAGAUCGAUGAGCUGAGGAAGAGCCUAGACAGUCCCGAGGGCAAGAAGCUCUCGGAGCGGUACGACGUCAUCAAGAAGGAGCUCGAUGAGAUUCAAGCCGACUUCGACAAGACGGCCGGUUCGCGCUCGAAGCUCAUUGAGAAGCGUACACAGCUAUCAUCUCAGCUGGACGACCUCUAUGGUGAGAGGCGGGAGCGCAACUCGGCUUACAGGGAAGCUCACGAUGCUUGGUAUGCACGCAGUCAAGCAGAGAGGGAGAAGAGGCUCGAGGCGCAGCGGGCACAGAAGAAGGAAGACGAGGAGCGCAAGAGGAAGGAGCAGGAGGCCAUCAUGAGGGAGGAGGCCGCCAUGCCUGCUUUCGCCCAGGAGAUCGAAGACUGUGACGUCCUCAUCGCCUACUUCUCUGGCGGCUCCGCUACCAGCGCCACCAAGACUUCGUCCACUGCCGCUAGCACCGCAAAGGAUCUGCCGGGGACCAAGAAGCUCGAGCCCCGCAAGAUCGAGACGGACACGAGCGCUUUUGGCCAGGCAAUCAAGAAGAAGGGCAGCGACGCCGACGAUGCCGACAGCUACUAUGUCGGAGGCGGCAAAAAGGGCAAGGGCAAGGGCGGCAACAAGAAGAACAAGGGAGUGCCACUUGCCCUUGGCGAAUCUCCCUCUGAGGACGCUUCUGAAGCUACUGCUGCUGCUCCAGCUUCAGGCAAGUCAUCAGAGCUCCGUGUCCCCGUAGGUCACCUCUCUGCUCUCCUCUCCCUCAGCAUCCCCCCUCCUUCUUCAAGUGCGGAUAUCCCCCGUGUAGUGGAGAACCUGAAGUUGAAGAAGAGGUACUUUGUAGAGAAUCAGGACAGCAAGACUCGUGCGAGGAUUGAAGAGGUGGAGAAGAAGCUCGGAAAGGCCAGUCUCGCAGAGGGGGAGUCUGCUGCUCCUACUGCUACUGCUACUACUGGUGGGGAGGGUGAGGAGGUCAAGGCUUGAUUCAGAGUAGCGUCGGAUUAAGAACUUUUACCUUUCUCUACCUCUACCUUUGACUGACUGUGUGUAACCUACUCGUCCACCGCUUUGUUUUUUCAAAAAGGGAUCACAUCACAUCACAUCACAUCACAUUGCCUUACACCACCUCUUUCUCGUCUCAAUGUCAAGUCUUGCUGUGCUCAUCCCA